CUUUCAGUCUAAGGCUAUACUUAGGAACAGAAAGCACCCAAUAUUCCUUUUGUGUCAAGUCUGUGUAAGUAAUUAGUUGUCGAUUUUUUUCAGGAAUUUUCCUUGCUUAUAUUUGUGUUCACAUUUCUGUUGAAAAACAGCCAGGAAUAAGUUCACAAAAUGAAUAUGUAUUCAUCAGAAGAAGCAAUUCUGCAAAAUUUCACAUCACUGGAGGCCUGUUUAAAGCAGCAUGCUCUUUCAGAAAAUAACAUUUCUUGCUGCUGUAAAAUCAUCUUGGACAAAAUCAGACUCAGUAUUUGUGGAAUGGAAGACCAAGGCUUGCAGGAUCUUGUCUGGAGUUCUACUGAAUGUGUUGAAACUUUGAAAAAAUGUAUGAAACAAGUAUUUCAUUUGCCCAAUGCAUCACCUGAACUCCUGAAAUUAAAUGAACAUGAAGAAGAAGUUGCUAAUGCAUUUGUCAUGUGCAUUGCAAACCUUUGUGCUGGUAACAGUAAUGCCAUUACUAAGCUAUGCAAUGCUUUUACUUUCUCAAGCAUUUAUGAUGUAUUUCUGUCGAUGCCUGUUCAUGUGGGUCAAAAAUGGUGUGCAGUAAUUUUUUCUAUUCUUCUUCAAAAAUCUCUCUGCCAAUCCUUUUUAGAAACUCUUCCUCUUGCCCAAGCUGUUGCCAAAUUUUGCAAUGUGUAUUCAGUUGAAACCCAGCAUGCAUGUUUUGCUUUGUUUUGUCUUGAGAUCAUCUUUUGUCAGUUUUGUGACCUAAAAUCUUUUAGGGUCAUUUGGUUUGAACAUCUCAAUGACACUCAAAAGCUUUUAGUUCUUUCAAUAUGUCAAAACAUAAUUGUUUCUGGAACAUCCCACAAACGUGGUGCGGUUGCCAGUGUACCUAUGAUUGAAUUUUUGAGUAAAACUUACUUAGAUGCAGUCGGUGUCAUCUUGAGCAAUGAUGCUGGCCAAAUUGAAGGAUCUAACCCUCUUGUGUUGCGUGAAUUAUGUGCUGCUGUUCUGGGGGCUGCAGCAAGUCCUCUACACUGUAAGAUUUUGAAGUCUCAAGCCUCCUUACUGCUCAUCACUGUCUCUUUCUUGAAGGCCCUCAAUAUUGCUACGUUCCAGCCUGAUAAUGAAGCCAGCAAAGAACAUUUUACAAGCCGGUGGUCCCAACUGCAACUGGUGAAUGCAGAUGCUGGGGUAGGCCUUCGAUGUGACCUUGUGCAGCUCCUUGGUAAUCUUGUAAAUGAGGAUGCUCAGAAUCAAGAUGAAUUGCGUGCUGUUGGUGGUCUUGAAGAAAUUUUCUGCAGUUGUCGCAGAGAUGAAGCCAAUCCACUUAUUCAAGAAGCAGUUAUUUUUGCCCUGGGAUGUUGUUUGAAAAAUAACCCCCAAAAUGCUCUGCACCUGAAGGAACAACUGGCAACGCGUCAUGAUGGACAAGAUUCUGCGCUCAUGGAGAGAUUGGGUCUGAAAGCUGACCAAUUUGUUCAAGUGCCAACAAAUGAGGCAACAUGAGAUCUUUUUCAUUGGUGUGAUUGCUGCCUCACUAUUAAUGUGCUUACAAAUAUUUAUUGUACUGGUGUUAGUGUAUCUGUUUUUUUCUUCCAGGUACACUUAACACCAAUACAACUUUUUUCUUUACCAUCUCACUUGGGUGCAAGAUUGAUUUUCUAUUUUUUUGCCCAAUAAAUAACUUAUCCUGGCUUUUCAACUAUCUACCCACUUUUGUAGGCUAAUUUUUUGGAAUUGAUUGUGUUUAUACUAUCUUGUACACAUCAUGUUCAAUGAAAUUGGUUAUUGUAAAAGUGUUGGAAAUCCUUGAAUUUGCUUCAGAUGAUUGUCAUUUAUUGUAAUUAUUUAUGUGUUGAGUGUUCUUCUGAAUAAAAAAUAUUAAAAUAUGGCCAUACCCCAUCCAAAGUUUUAAUUGCAACUGAUCUUAUUGCAUUUGGUUGAUUUUGAAAUUUGUAAGCAAGUUUAUUUAUUUGUAAAAUUUAUUAAAGCAGUUGCAAUUUGAACUUCAUCCGGCCAAAUGGUUGGGGAAAAGAUAGACCA